UAGAAAGUGGCGUGCAACCACAUCUCAAUUAUUAUUAUUAUUAUUUGGUUUUGUUUUAUCUACUUAUUUAAUUAAUAAGGAGUAUUGGUCCUGUUAGGAUUAGAACUCAUUAAUGAAGAACACUUUCAUUGUGAUUGGGAAACUAGUUUAGAACUAGUAUAAAUACACCCUCCUCCAUAAUUAAUAGACCAGUUUUUAGAUUCAGUAUUACCAGUUUAUUUCCCCGCAAAGAGAUUUCCUAGCCUUUCUCUUAGGGAGAUCUAACCGUUCUUUCGGAGAGGAGAAAUCACGUGGAUACCUAAGGUCAAGGAUUAUAACCGCUAGGCUGGAAGAUCUGUAAGUUCUAACUCAGAUCUGUUAUAAUUAUCAUAUUCGUUAUUUUGUCAUAAUCAGGAAAGAUCUGUUUGGGAAAAUUUUAAACUUCCGCUGCCGUACUUUCGAGGUACGUUACAUCAAUUUCCUCACAGACCGCCCUCGGCUUCUUGAGAUACCAUGUGUAUGGUGAUAAGGAGGAUGAUAUCCAACUCUGGCCGAGGAUGACCACCACCUUCGAAGAGGCCGGCGGCCCGGAUUUGGGCAUUCCUGCUGAGGCCGAUGAUUUUGUCAUGGAUCGUCGUUCCAUCAUGGAAAUUGCUAAGGCCAAAGCGGCCGAGGAGUUGGCUGCAAAGGCGGCCGAGGCGGCCAGACGUGCCGCGGCCGAGGGAGGCGGGGCUACUGCUGGUGCGGCCCCAAAGCCUGCCCAAUCCAAGAAGAAGAGGCCUCCUACUGACGGCCAGAAGAAGUUGACUGAGGCCGGCCUGAACGUCGCCAAGAAGACGAAGAGGGCACCGUCUCCUUCCCAGGCUACUGAGGCCGGCACUCUUGCCGUCCCCAGUGUGGUCGAUAGCGGUCCUGUUGUGGACCUCACUGCUGCUCCUAGCGAUGCUGCCCAAUCGCUUCCUCUCGUCCAGGAGCCACGGACGAAGAGGGCCGGCAAGGAGAUUGCCGGUGCCACCUACGAGAAGAUGGUGGAAUACCCCGUCGGCGGGGGUGUUUUUGAUGAUGUCGUCCUUGGCCACGACGUCCUGGCCCAGGCCAUGCCGGCCAAAGAUAGGGCCUAUCUGAAGAGGCUCGGGGACGUGAAGGUAUAAGAAGGCGGGAUGGACCUCCUCGUCCAAGGUGCCUUCAUGCUUAUGAAGAGCCAUAAGAGGCAGUACCGGGAGAUAGCUCGUCUGAAAGAGCUUGAGCAGAAAGCUGCUUCGGCCGAUGAGGCGGUCGCUUGCUUGGAUCGGCUCCGGGAGGAUGCCAAGGCCAAGCAACAGAAGGCCGACGAGGCCGCCGCAGCCAGGGACGAUGCCCUGGCCAAACUCGAGGAGAGCCAAAGGGCGCUGGAGGCCGAGCGGCGCAAAAACGAGGAAGCCGUGAAGGCGAAAGCUGAGGCCGAGGCUGCCGCUGUGAAGGCUGCUGAUGAGGCUGUUGAUCAGUUCUUGGCCGAGGGGUGGAAGGCCGAUGAGCGGCUCCCCUGGUGUUAUGAAGUGGUGGCUGCUAGGCUUGAAAGUUGGGGAAUGAACUCCCCCGCCGGCCAGGAGUAUUGUAGCAGGGAGAUGGCCGUGUACUAUAACAUGGGCCAGGAGCGGAUGCAGAGGCUCCUGUGUCGGUGGCUAUCUCGUGCUCUGAAGGCCAUGAACUAUACUUCCGGGUGGGCUAGAUGGAACUUGAAGCUCCCCAAGCUGAUGAAAGAUCCCGAAGAGCAUGCCAAGCUUCCUCUGUCGGAGCGGGAGUCCCCCAUUGAGAGUUCCGUCCUCGGCGAGCCGGAUUACACAGAGUUCGACUUCCUGGACGAUGCCAC